ACAGGUGUCAGACAAGAUGGCCGACUGGCGAAAUUUUCAAAUCGUGAAACUGCAUUUUCUCGAAAGGAGCGCUUUUCUUAACUAACGGCUGAUUUAAGAGGGAAAGAUCAAUUUUCAACAGUUAAAAACUUUAAUUUAAGUUGCGGGUAUCAAAAAAGUUUCUUUUAAUAUUUUUCUCGGAAGGUAAUACAAAACAGAAACACUUUAAGUAGUGCUCAUAGGUAAGAAUAGGCCCAAAGACACCAAGUGUCCACACAGAAGUGCAUUUUGCACUAGCUAAAAAAUGGCAGCAACUACUGUUCAACCAAAACCACCUGCUACUGAGGAACCUGAAGAAGACAAGGAGCUACAAAACGAACUGAAACUACUUGUUGAUAAAAUCACUGGCACAGAUCCUAAACUGAUCCUCCCGGCACUGGAAAUGCUAAAAUACCUUAUCCGAACCUCCACCACCUCGAUGACCUCUGUACCGAAACCUCUCAAAUACUUGACCCCUUACUAUGAAUUACUAAAAGACACUCACAAAAAAAUGCCUUCGGGCAACACCAAGCACAUCCUUGCAGAUGUGAUUUCUGUUCUCGCUAUGGGCACCGCAGGGGGUGAGGAGGCAAGGAAACAAAGGGAAUGUCUUAAAUAUUGUUUGAUCGGUACAAUGAAAAACAUUGGAGACUGGGGGCAUGAGUACAUCAGACAACUGGAAAACGAGAUUGUUCAGCAAUGGGUGAUUUCAAACUGUGGAACUAGUGACAAAAUGUUGAUGCCCCUCAUUAAUGACAUUAUAAAGUUUAACUGCGAGCACCACGCUGAAAUUCAGGCGUGCGACUUACUGAUGGAGAUCGAUCAGUUGAGUUUGCUGCCAACUUAUAUUGGAUCGAACACAUACCAGAGGAUGUGCUACUAUUUAAUAUCGUGUGCCAGAUAUGUAGAUGACAUGGAAAGGGAUAAAAUAAUGACGCUCACUUAUGAGCAGUAUUUGAAAUUUGACGAAUACUCUAGGGCUCUCAUUAUCGCUCUUCAAAUGAACAACGCCCAGUUUGUCAAUCAGGUGUUUUCUAAAUGCACGGACAGAAUAAUAUUAUGUCAAUUAGCAUUUAUAUGUGCCAGGCAACUGUUUUCAGUGGAACUGGACACCGAAACUGAAGAUUACGAGGACCUGAAUAACAUUUUAAGCAACAGCCUUUUAAGCUCGUUCUUUCAUACUUUAUGCCGAGAGUUGGACGUAAUGGAACCCAAAAUGCCCGAAGACGUGUAUAAAACCUGGUUGGAACCAGUACCACCUAGAUUGCAAAUUUUAGGGGAGAACAUGGACAGUGCCAGACAGAACUUGGCCUCAUCUUUUGUCAAUGGGUUUGUUAAUGCCGCGUUCGGUAUCGAUAAACUUUUGACCGAAGAUACUGGCAACAAGUGGAUUUAUAGAAAUAAGGAUCACGGUAUGUUAAGUGCAACAGCCGCCUUAGGCCUCGUGCACUUAUGGGACGUCGAUGGUGGCCUGACGCCCAUAGAUAAAUACCUGUACACCACAGAAGACUAUAUUAAGUCCGGGGCCCUUUUGGCUUUAGGGAUCGUCAACUGUAGGGUGCGAAACGAGUGCGAUCCCGCGCUGGCUCUUUUGGGCGACUACAUACUCUGCCCUAACGAGCUCUUACAAAUCGGGUCCGUUUUAGGGCUUGGCAUAGCCUAUGCAGGCAGUCAAAGGGAUGAAAUCUUGUCCCUCUUACUUCCCGUGCUAACCUCCUCGAAAUCCCUGGAAAUCUUAGCGAACGCGAGUAUCGCCUGCGGUUUAGUUUCCUUAGGGAAAUCCGAUUCCGAAGUACCGUCGGCGAUAUUAAACGCGAUGAUCGAACUCCACACGCAAGACCCGGAAAACUUAAAGUCCGUCUUCAUGAAACUGAUGGCCUUAGGGGUGGCUUUGUGCUACUUCGGGGCCCGAGACGAUAUUGACGUUUCGAGUAACACCAUGGAGGUUUUUCCUGAGCCGUUCAAGAGUUUCGCCCAGACGACGUUGUUAAUGUGCUCCUACGCCGGUACCGGCGACGUGCUGAUCAUCCAAGAGCUCCUGGCCAUGAUUGGAGAGAAGGUGGAGUCUCCUAAUGAAGAACAACCCGCUCCUCCACCGGCUCCUAAAGGGCCUAAGAAGGCCAAAAAGGGGUCCGAGUGGGAUUAUGCCAUGGGCCAGGCUGUAGCAACGCUGGCUGUAGCUUCUGUGUCGUUUGGAGAGGAUAUCGGUAUGGAUAUGGUUCAAAGAAUCUUUGGUAACCUGGGUAGAUAUGGAGAACCAUCGGUUAGAAAGGCCGUACCCCUUGCUAUAGCCUUAUCGUCAGUGUCCAACCCUCAACUACCCGUACUGGACGUUUUAACUAAGUAUUCUCAUGAUAUUGACGACGAAGUUGCCUGUAACGCUAUUUUCGGUUUAGGUCUUAUUGGAGCUGGUACCAAUAACGCCAGACUGGCGGCUGGAUUGCGUCAAUUAGCAGUGUUUCAUGCCAAAAGCCCUUCGCCGCUCUUCAUGGUAAGGGUCGCUCAAGGUCUGGUGCAUUUGGGCAAAGGUACGUUAACUCUAAACCCGAUGCACACUGACAGGAUGUUACUGGAUCCCGUAGGAAUGGCCGGACUUCUUAUAACAGCAGUUUCCCUCUUGGAACCGCACUCCUUAAUAUUGGCCAAAUGUCAUUAUUUAUUGUACUCUUUGACGGUCGCAAUACAGCCCAGGUGGUUAUUGACGUUGGAUGAAAAACUGGAAAUUGUUCCCACCACCGUUAGAGUUGGUCAGGCGGUGGAUGUAGUGGGAAAAGCAGGAACCCCUAAAACGAUCGCAGGCAUCCACACCCACUCGACCCCAGUAUUACUGGCAGCAGCCGAAAGAGCCGAACUAGCAACGGACCAGUACGAACAUUUCGCCCCCACAUUGGACGGGAUUUGCGUGCUAAAGAAAAACCCCGAAGCCACCUAAAGUAAGGGAUCUUUAACGCCAUAUCAGUAUUAUCACAAAGUUUUUAUUUUAUUUUCUCUGUUAUUUGAAUAAAUAUGUUAGUUUAUCAA